AUGUCACAAGUCAAAAUUGAGGAGACAGUUGUUGAAGACAGGAUUAGUGAGUUACCUCAAGAUUUGAUCCUAAGCAUAUUGCGUUUUGCCCCGAUAAAAGAAGCAGUGAGCACCAUGCUUCUAUCGAAACGAUGGUUCCCUAUUUGGACGAUGAUACCUACACUUCAGUACAAAGACAGCGAGGACGAGGAUAAUAAUGAUCCAAGUGUUUGUUGGUUUCUCGAUAAAUCAUUGCAACUCCACAACGCACCUGUGAUAGAUGGCUUAGUUAUGCAACUCGAUCCAACCAGGUUGCCUGAUAGCCUUUAUAACUGCGCCACUCUCAAGCCUUUGGAUCUCUCCCACAAGAUUCUCGUGGAUUUCCCUUCUUCUUCUUGUCUCCCAUCGCUCCUCGCUCUCGAGCUUGUGUGUGUGGUGUAUAAAGACGAUGACUCUCCCGCUAGGUCACAGCUAGAUGACGACAAUGAUGCAGUAGAUACCGGUGGGUGUUUGGUUAUGGAUACUCCUGCGUUAAACUACUUUGAAAUCAGAGAUAGUUCAAGAGACUCUUACUCGAUCGAGAAUAUGCCUUGUCUUGAGAAGGCAUAUAUUAGUGUCGACUCUUCCCCUAAAUUUGACAAGUUCAUAGCAUCUCUUCCCGCGGUGGUCUUGUCUCUUGAAUUGAAAUUGCACGAUGAAGUGGAAUGUGACUAUGAGCCGGAUGAUGAUCUCCAACUUUUAUGGAACCAACCGAGUUAUGUUCCGAGUUGCUUGUCGUCACAACUGGAAAUAUUUGAGUGGAGAGGAUAUGGAGACGAAACAGAAGAGGAAGAGUUUUUGACAUACAUCCUAGCUAAUUCUAAGUGUCUAAAGAGCGCAACAAUAUCUCUGAGACCAACCUUGGGUCUUGUUGAGAAAAAGCGGGUCACAACGAAGUUGAAAGAUAUUACUAGGAUUUCAACAGCGUCUCAGCUUCUCUUCAAAUGA